AUGGCGGCUGGUGUAAACUUGUGUGAUGUACGCAUUGAAGAAACUCUCAAAAUAAGAAUAGGUAGGUUCAAAAUAUUGCGAGAAUUCUCAUGAGAAUUGCUCUCCAUUAUCUGUGUGAUUUUUCAGGUGAGGCAAAAAAUCUUCCAGCGAGAAAAGAGCCGAGAUAUUCGCGAAACUGUUAUUGUGUUGUCACACUUGAUCAAGAAGAAGUAUUUAGGACCUCAACGGUAGAAAAAAGUUUAUGGUGAGUUGCCAUAUGAAUAUUGCAGUUACUUCGCACCGUUGUACUUUAAAUAUUUCACAGAACUUCUAGUUAAUAUUUCCUAUUCAAAGGCUGGGGCUCGUGCGCGUUUUCAGUGAAAUAUUUAGCAUUGAUCUGUUUUUAUUCCGUACAAGGAAAUUUUUCUGUUAGAGUUCACGCACGAUUUACUCUAGCACGGUUGGUUUUUUGCAAGUCUUGUCUCCACACGGAAAUUUCAUUUGCAUUGCUGUCUAAAUAACCAUUUGAAUAUAAAAAAAUUAAGACCUGCAUCUUGUAUAGUGGAAAAAAAAACAGAGAGGGUUUUUUCAUGAUCGUGAAAAAUAGGGAACACAAUACGUCAUUUAGUGGCAGAAACUUAUUUGAUUUACGCUUGCAUUUAGCGACUAGUUUGAGAGAGUGGCAUAUUAAUCAGAAAUACUCUAGACCAACUCAAAAAGAAAAUAAUACUGUUCAAGUUUGUUUGAUAAAUAUCGUUCCUGAAUUGUCGCUUUUCGCAUCAUUAUAUAAUCAGCGCCGGCCCGUUUUCUGCUCAAUGAAGAAAUUACUUGAGCGUGAAAAUUUUGAAAUGGCUUAUUUCUUUCCUUAUUACAGCAACACGCAAGUUAAUGUUUGAUUGUAGUUUUGUAACUGAAAGCUGCUAUACUCUUUUCCUGUAUAAUUUAUUUUACUCUUCAAAUUCGAGUGUAUUGUUUUAUUUUUGUUACAAGUGUUCAUUAAUUUUUAAGGUUUAGGGAACGUGUCAAUUUUGUUAUUUCUCGCUAAUUGGUUGUAGGAUUUUCCAUAUUAUGUUGUAUCUGUCAAAUUAUUCAAACAUUUGCUUUUCUUUUAAUUCGUUUAAGCUAACGGUUAAAAUUCCUGUACAUGUAUCAAGUAAAAUCGAGGUUUCUAUAGCGUAUGCAAAAUUUAAUUUGUGAAAUAUCUCACUAUGCUAUUUAAUUUAUUAAUGAGAGGUAAUUAUUGAAAGAAUCAUUUUUCUUAAGGUGAUAACCUGCUAUUGAUAUCCUGAAUCUUAUGUUGCAAAAAGUAUGAAUAAUUGAUUUAGAACUGGAAAGAUUGGGAAAUCAUGCCUAAAUGUUACAUGGGCCAGGACGAGUGAAUAGAGAUCACAUUUGAUCAAACUCUGUUACUUGAAAAUCUUUUUUUUUUUUGCUCAAGGUUUUUAACAUGAGAUUUUGAAUAAUAUGUGGUUCAAUACACUCUCUGGAUGUAGAUGUAGCUAUAAAUAAAUUGGAGCAUGUGGGGUGCAACUUAAGCUAAAACAGGAUACAUCAUUUUAGAAUGUAGAGAGCGCAAAGCAAUAGUUCUGAUGAAAAUCACAAGUAUGAUUACCAUCCAAAGUUAUGUGGCAAGAAGUUUCAUUGUUACUAUUUUACCUUCAUGUUGAAAUGAUUUUUUUCUUAAUCAAGAAAUAGUGGACUUCAGUCAGUAUCAAUUAAUUACAUUGAUUCAUUAGCAAAAAGAGAUGAAAGAAAAUAAAUGAGUGCAAUUUAUGUUUAUAUUACUUUAUUGAAAUUUGACUGGUUGGUCAAAAUAGUUGGAUUUAUCAACAAAUGGCUCAUUUAUGGCCUAAUCAGGUUACAAGGAUCACCAGCGAUUUUCAAAAAGAUAUGCGAAAGCAAGGAAAUAAGAUGAUUUUCCAUUUGAAUACGAUUUUUCUAAAAAAAUAACAAACAAACAAACAAAUAAUUUCAUAUUCAUUUUCACUUAUUUUAUCUGUUAAACUUAAUCAUGCCUUGGCUCUCAAGAAAACCAUCCAAAACAGAUCAAUUGUAUUUUCUCUGUGUUAUAAAUGUGUGACAUUUUUUUUUUUUCUACAGCCCUUUUUUUGGUGAAGAUGUACAUUUUGAAGUUCCAAGAGACUUUAGGACAUUAUGUUUUUAUCUAUUUGAUACUGAUCUUAUAGGAAAGGAUACAGUUUUAGGAAAGGUAAGUUAGUGUGAUUCAAAUGUUAAGAAAAAAUUAUAUCAGUACAUUUCACAUGUAAUGGCAUAUUAACCCUUUCACUCCCAAGAUCUAAUUAGUAAUUCUCCUUACUAUCUGCCAAACAAUUCUUAUAAAAAGGAUGAUCAACAACUGAUUGAUUUAGUACUUGAUUUCAUGGUUAAAGGAGAAAGGUCAAAGGGUUAAAGAAGGAUGUACAACUAUUGAUUUAGUACUUUCAUGGUAAGGUACAUUACAGGUAUAUGAAUUUGUGUUCAAAUAGGCCCAGUUGUAUAAAGGUCGGAUAAUGUUAUCUAACGGAUAAAUCGCUAUCCAGUGGAUAAAUGAUAGCAAAACAUACUACACUAUCCACCGGAUAAAGAUUUGUCCAGCGGAUAACGUUAUCUAACCUUCGAACAACCAGCACCUGGCCAGUUGUGAUCACACCACCCAGCUCUGGUUACACUGUUAGCUGUGCUCACACUCAUCAUUAAUCUGAUUGUGAAUGUGUGAUUGUGAACAAAGGAAAUGUAGAGACUGUAAUCACAGUGAGAUCAAACUGUCUCUAAGACUGGUUUUCACAAGUCAGCAAAAUCCCAAACAAUCAGGAGUUUCACUGUGUCCUCAGAUUUUGAAACUGGAAAUCUGUUGAGAAACUUAUCAUUAGACACGAUAUCGAGAACUUUUUUAGUUAUUUCCCAUAUUAAUGCUCUCUUGGUAAAAGGUAUGGAACUUCAAAAGUCACAUUUUAUUAAUUUGGAAUGCUCUCAAGUUGAAAUAUCUAGUCCUUGUACAGUUUUGGAAUAGAAAUAUCUACCCAGUGGCUAUAAAGAAAUUUCCCAUUUGAACAGAAAAAUAUUUAUUAGGCCACCCAAGCUCAUUUACAAGACCAAUAGGGAAAAUCUCCCCCAGAGAACCAUGAGGCUCUGCCUUUAGCUAACAAUGUUGCUGGUAAUUCUUUUUCAGGUUGCAAUUAAGAAAGGAUGUGUUCAUAACUAUCCCUCAGAUACAUGGUUUCCUCUGGUUCAUGUUGAACCUGACACAGAAGUUCAAGGAAGAAUACAUAUAGAAAUCAAGCAUUAUGAAUUUAUACCUGACACUGAUGAUGAUGAAUUCUCUAGCACACCCAAACUAAGUAUUAAGUACGUGUUUUUAUGCCCACGUGAAAUCAGUCAUCAGUGUUCUCCCUUAUUUUAAGCAUGAAGGUGAAAAGAAAUUUUUAAACCAGUAGAGCUAGAAUUCCAAGCAAUUUUAGGCAGUAUUAAAGGUACUACAGGUGAUGGAUUUACCUGUUACUGCUUGAAAAAAAGAACAUUGAGUUCUGUUCAAUACCCUAUUGAAUUUUUUAACAGUUUAAUUAUGUAGUCCUUUGAUGUUGAAAAUUGUGCAUUGUAUGUUUUUUUGCAUCUUUCUCAGAUAUAGAAUUUUUAAACCAGUUAAUUUGUGUAAAAUUUUCCUUUGUUGCUGAUUAUUAGUUAUGUUAAAUCAUGGACAAAUUAAAGAAUAUUUCCAGAAAGAAUGUAAAUUUUCACUCAUUAAUGACUGGUAACCUAUUCUUGCAAUAAUCAUGCCUAGGAGGCUGAUAUUCUUGGUUGUAUUUGCACUACUUAUCAUUCCUUUUGUUUGUUUGUUUUGUUUGUUCGUUUCUAGGGUUGUGGAAUGUACUGACUUAUAUGGGUGUAAUGGAAAUGGCACAUUUUCUGAUCCGUAUGUCAGUAUUACUUGCCAACGCCCUGUCUCAAGGUAAAUUUAAAGUCACUUAAUAAUUUAUUUGGUAGCAGAGACUAUUAACUGAAGAAAAAACAGCUCUUCUUAAGAUCUGUAUCCAGAGCUGGAUCUUUUACAAAUUAUUUUGAUAAUUUUACAUUUUUCUCUAAAGGUCAGAGCCCAAGAAGACCAAAGUAAAGAAAAGAACAUUGAAUCCAAAAUUUGAAGAAUCAUUUCUCUUUGAAGUAUGUGUAAAUGCUAAUGAUUCGUAGUUAUCAUACAUGGGUAAUUUUCCCAUUGUCCUUUGUCAAAGCCAUGGUGUCAAAGGUUUGAAACCAGAUUGAUCAAAAACUUAAUUUUAGAUUUCUUUUUCUGUAUAGAUACCUGAUGAUGAUGUUGAAAGUUUGGUUUUGAGGUGUGCCUUGAUUUAAAUUCAAUUUGUGUCAAUUAUGGAUAUAUUUUUUCUUUUUGAAUUAAUUGAAAACUACUUGGUGAAGGCAGUUUCAAAAGUAUACUCUUGAUCUUUGAAUAUCCUUAGGUGCACUGCCUGGAGUGCCAGUCUUAUAGGGGAAGAUAUCUUCUUAGGAGAAGUAAGUGGCAAUUAAAAUGACUUUUGGUUCAAAGGAUGUUCCUCUAACUCCUAGAGUGCUUCAGUCUUUUAUUAAAUUUCUAUCUUGGCUAAGUUGGUGAUAUAUGAUAUAUUACAUAGUUAAUGAGUUUUGAUCAGUAUAUACCAGUAGUUCUUUUCUUCACAAUUUAUGAUAAGAGUUAUUGCCGAAUGCAUUACAUGUCAAUUUCUCAUAUACUCUAGGUCAGGGUUCCUCUUAGUAAAUGUGAUUUGUCUUCAAUGCAUGAAGGAUGGUGGGUACUUUUCAUUGAUUGAAGUUAUUUUUUCAUUUAUUUUAAAUUACCUGUAGAUAUCACACUUAAGAUGUCGUGUUUUUUUAACAGGAGAAAUACUGGUUUUUUAUUAAAAUUAUAUUUCUAUUUUUCUUCUAAGGUACUGGCUUGGACCUCGUGAAGAGAAGAAUGACCCUCCAGUUAAACAAGAUAUAGGCUCAUUAAGGCUCAGAGUGACUCACACUCAAGAUCAUGUAUUUCCUUCAAGUUUUUAUGAACCACUGAGGGAAACAAUUUUGGCUAUUAAGGAUGGGCAGGUAAAGGGAAGGGCAUAUUGAAUUUUGUGUGUUGAAAUACAAAGUUCAUUAUGUAAAUACUGUAACUUUUCAUUCAUUAGGAUGUACAGACAACUGCGGCCCACAUUCUUGGUGAUAUAAUUAAGGAUAAAGCUACUGUGGCAAAGUCUCUUGUCAGAGUUUUUUCCCACCACAAUCAGGUGUGCGUUUGUUGUUGUUUCUCUCACAGUGAGAUUUGAAUUAACAGUGUAGACAAAUGCAGUGUUCUCCCUUACUUUAAGCACAACCGGUAAAAGAAAUUUCAGGUAAAUAAAAUUUUCAAUAAUUUCAAACCAUCUUUGGCAGUUUAUAAGAGGUGGUAGCUUUUAUUGGCUUCUAUUGGCUACUGCCUGAAAAGGAGAACACUGCAAAUAUGAAGUUUUCUUGAUGCAGAUACAUUACACAUGUCUCAGUUAAAUCUGUUGUUACUAUCAUGUGCAUUCUUUGGUAAGCACAUAGAUGUACCUGCAGCCAUACUGUGAAACUACUUUUUUCCCUUGUCUCUUUUGUGUUCUUUUAUUUUUUUAUGUUUGUUUGAUUUUGUGUUUUUUUGCAUUGGUUCCUUUUAGGUUGUAGAUUUUAUAAAGCUGGUUGUAGAUCAUGAAGUCCAAAGUACAAAGUGAGUACUAUGGCUUGUUCUUAGAUUGAAAGGUCAAUUUGAGCAGAGGAUGUGACAUAUCAGCUUUCAGUAUGGUUUUUUAUAGUAUUGCUGACCAUGGCCAGACAGGCCAUAAUAAAGCAUCAUCUGAUAUUAAACUGAUUUACAUGAUUGCAGCCUUUCUUACAAAGAUUUUUUGCAUUUUGUUUUCAGAGAUUCCAAUACACUUUUCCGAGGCAAUUCUGUAGCAACCAAGUCUGUUGAUGAGUUCAUGAAGCAUGCUGGCAUGUAUUAUCUUCAUGACACCAUUAAAUGCCUCAUAGAUGAAGUGAGUUCAUUGCUGUGUUUAGAAAAUUAAAAUUCAAUAUAAUCUUGCGCUUAUUCCAUAAAAUCUCUCAUACAUGUAAGGCCUUGUUGGCCUGAAAAGUACACUACAUAUUUUUUUUUACAACAAGAGAAAAAUAUAUGUGCAGUAUUUGUGAGAAUGGCCAGCAGUGUGUGCUGAGUAUAAAUGAAUUUUGCUACUUUGUUUAGAUUUAUGAUGACCACAAAAGAUGUGAAAUUGACCCAGCUAAGCUGAGAGAAGGGGAAUCACUUGAGGGAAAUUUGGUGAGUUAUUGAGAGGUUCUUUAGUUUUUACUUUUCUGUCUUGUUUGUUGACAGCAGGUGAUGAACACUUGAUAAUUAUCUCACAUUAUAACCACUGUUAACUGAUGGCAAAAUUCUCAGAGCUGAAACUCUAAAAAAAUAAUGUAUGGCAAACUGUAUGGAGAGUUGAUAUAAACUCUUGGGAAAGUGUUAAGUUUUGCUGGCUGUCAAUGUGUUCAAGUGUUGUGUAUUCCUGGCAGCCAGGAAAAACCCUGCAAAGAAACUCAGCGGUAUAGUUUGUCAGCUGCCAGCUCUUUGGUAGAACCCUUUGUGUAUGUGUUUCAUAUCACUUUGCACAAAAAAAACAUGCAGCGUUAAUUAUGAUGUGAUUGUUUUUUGUCUUGUUUUUUUUAAUGCAGGUUCAUCUGCGGAGCUAUGUAAAUAGAUUAUUUGCAGCUAUCACAUGUUCUGCCAUGGCGUGUCCAACUGUAAUGUGUCAAGUAUUUCACACCAUUAGAGAAGCAGCUGUCCGAAAAUUUCCAAGUAAUUGGUCUUCAUUGUAACUAAUUAAUAUGAAUUUGUCUACUAUGAAAGGCUCCAGAUGGAGGAACAGAAAAAUGAAUGACCAACAUAGUAGACAGGACAAUGCUCAAAAUAAUUUCCUGGCUGGCACCAGUCAAGUUGUUUGGUUAAACCCAUUUUAGACUUGACAAAUAUCCGUGACAUCAAGUCUAUUUACCAUGCUUUAGUUGUACAUGCAUGCAGUCCUGAACUCAAUGCUGUAAGAGUGACUUAGCUGUGUUUAAAACCUGAACUUAGCUCAGAAUUAAAUUCUUCUUUUUGUGCCUAAGCAACUGGACAAAAAUAAUGUGUGGCAUCCAAGGAGUUAACCAGACAAAAAAAUCUAUAUUUGACUGCACAUUGCCAUUAACUAGGCAUUGUUUCAAGCUCUGUAGGAUAAAUUAAUGGAGCUGGAAAAUGUAUUUAUUUUCUUUACAAUUAUCUGUGCAGUUAAUUGAUUUUCCAUGAACAUGCAUGUGUUUUGUUUUGCCUUGAUUCAGGUGAUGAAGAUGUGUGUUACACAUCAGUGAGUGGAUUUGUGUUCCUGAGAUUCUUUGCACCUGCUAUUUUAAACCCUAAAUUAUUUCAGAUGAGAAAUGAGCACCCAGUGAGUAAUUUGUGAUCUUAAAUCUAAUUGACAAAAUAGCAAUUUAACGAUCAAUGUCGGUACCUAUGCAACUGCACACAUACCCAUCCCCUAAUCCAACAGCCACCCCUACUUGUCAUCAUUUGACUGUUGUUGAGUUAAGAGAGGGGUAGGUGCACAGUUGCUCAGAUACUACCAUUUGUCAUUCUCCUUACUGUCAACCAUACAAUUCUUAUAAUGUUAGUUCAGAGAAUUUAGUAUUGGAUCAACUAACUAUCCCCAAAUUGAUAUCUUUCUGUAUUCUCAUCACUUAUCUGGUUGAUAUUGUAUUGAUAGUGUAAGGAGAAAUUCUGUCUUGGUCACACACAUGAGAGUUAAAGGGUCAAACUGUAGCAGCAGUUUAAAUCCCAAAACUGCUUAUUCUUCUAAGAAGCUUCACCUAACAUCUCCAGUACUCAAUAAUUUUUUCAUUCAAGUUUUAAGCAUCAUUGUUAGAUACAUGUAAAGAAUUUAAUUACAUCAACUUUAUUCUCUUUUGAUUUAACAGGAUGCUCAAACAGCUAGGACACUUACACUUAUAUCCAAAGCUAUCCAGAGUUUAGGAAAUGUUGUGAGCUCUGUGCUGGUAGGUACAUUUACUUGACUGUCCAUUUCCAUCAAUUUUUUUUAUAGAACUGAAUCAAAUUGAAAAUUUUACUGCAUAUUUUUUUGUUUUUAUUUAUCAUGAUAUGGAACAGUGUGGACAGGUAAAGGAACCUUACAUGGAAACAUUGAAGUCAGUUAUUCUUGAUCAGGAACAUAUCACUGCUGUCAAAAGAGUAAGUUUUGUGUUUGUUUAUGGGGUAUCUAGUGUAUAAGGUGUGUUUUUCAUGUUUGGUGUUUACCAGCCUGUGCGAAGGUCAGGAGAUAGUGCCAUUUUUUGCUGACCCUCUCUUUUGCUUGUUUUCACUGACUGAGAGCCUGGCUGGAACAUGUUUAUAUUGAUUGAAAUCAACAUUGAGUCUUUUGGGUAUUUAAAAAAAGAAAUGGCUAUAAUACUCUAUAAUUCAUCUCAGAAUUCAUUCUCUUGUAGAAUAGAAGUCAAUACCUAAUAAGAAUGUAAAAAUAUAUAGUUUUUGGUAAACUUAACUUUGUGCAAACCUUUUUGUAGUGUGUAUUUUUCAGUGAGUGAGUGAGUAUUAGGUACAUACCAAUAAUCAGAAAAUGUGUGGUUAUUAUAUCUUGGAUUUGGAAAGCUUCCACUUUUGCCAAAAUCAAAAUGGACAGCUCAGAAAAUUAAAACACCAGUUUGUAGUGUUAGUUGAUAACAUGCUUGCUGUGUAUAUGAUAUGUAAACUUGUUCUGCAAUUGUUUCAGUUCUUAGAGAUCAUUUCCUCACCCAGUAGAGCACAAGGACUACCUGUAGACUCAACAAUUGUUCUCAAGGAAGGGUGAGUGAUGUAGAUGUGAGAAAUAUAAUUUUUCUCAUUCUGUGUUUCACUGAUUGAAAUAAUAGUUUCUAUAGGAUUAAGCUGUAUUUGGUGCUUUUAUUGAUUACUGUUCUCUAUUAUUUCAUCAGGAUGUUAAUAAAGAGAGCUCAAGGGCGAAGUAGACUAGGUUUCAAAAAUUUUAGGAAGAGGUUCUUUGUUUUAACUAACAAAGGCCUUUCAUACUCGAAGGACAAAACUAAGCCAGUUGUAGGUCACAUACCUGUCUGUGAUAUCUUGGGAGCAGAAAGUUUGGGCGAGGACUCUUUUCACCUAAAACUGGUAGGUUUGUUUUAUUUUCUCAAUGUUUUGCCUUGUUUGCUGUUUGAUUUCGUUCUUUGUUGUCCUCGUCCUGAACUGUCUUAGUUUGUUAUCCUUUAAAGCUGUCUGUAAUUUUGUGUUUUAAUGCUGUGGAAAAGACUUGGCAAUGCUUCAACAUUAAAUUACUUUCACCUGUUACUUAAUAUCUUUUUAAGGACACUUCUUUAUUAAGAAUUGGCUUGCAAUGCUUUUUUUUUUUGUCACGUGGCACCUUGCCUUUUCUUUCUUUUGGUUGACUAAGGAAAAACCUAUUAAAUGUCAAAACAUGCUAUAGUGUACACGUAUCCCUAGCAAUCCUUUCCUGCUGCCUGUUUCACAUUGCCUCAGCUCUUCCUGAACCUUUUUGCUAUUCUACUUACUCAGAUGGUACAAAUAAUACAGCCCGAUAGACAAUUGUAUGUACAGGCAAGCAACACAGUAGAGGAAAGGGAAUGGUAAGGAAGUAAACAGAUUUAGCCCAUUGAGAUUGAGUUUUGUUGAAUCAAAACCAAGGUGAUUGUAUCAGCCAAUCAGAAUAUAAGAAAGUAUCACAGAGUGGCUGGGGGGAGCAGGAAUUGACAGGUUGUUUGGUGGAGGGUUUUCAGCCAGUUAUCAGAUUUCUUCCCUCUAUACCAUCUGACAAUCAGAAUCUCAAUUUAUCUUGGAAAAAAGUUGACAAAGCCACCCUGAUGAAGUUACACUGCUAAGAUCAAAAUUAUCUUUUAUUUAUUUAUUCAUUUAUUUUAUUACUGAUUCUCUUCUUCAUGUCUUUUUAGGACUCGUGCACUGCGUAAAGUAUGUCAAAGCAACCCACACAGAGUUAAGAAAUAUCAUCCUGAAGCAUUUGUAUGUGGUAAAUGGCUGUGGUAAGAACAAGAUAACUCUUUUAGGAGGUAACAUGUUACAGGAGAAUAAAAUUCUGUGACUCAUUGUUAUAGUAUAAAUUUAUUUUUGCUACUCUUUCAGCUGCAAAGAGCGGGUAGAAAAAGCACCAGGAUGUGCAGCUAUAACAGAGUAAGCAAUUCUGUGUACACUUUAGUGAGAGUGCAUUUAUUGUCACUAUACUAUUAUUUAUUUAUUUAUAUCCCUUGUAGAAACUAUGACAGUUAAAAUUAUGGUGUUUUGUCUAAGAGGACCAAUCAUUGUAAUCAAAGUUUGCCAAUCUCAACUAAUUGUGAUGGCCCCAAUUCAGAUGUGCUUAACAAGGUUUCCUAUUGGUACAACUUCUGUUCAAGUAAUAAUGUUACUGUUGGCAGCUUAGUUUAGAUAAAAUUGAUACAGUUUUCCUUGUUCAAAAACGUAUCCUUGUUUCCAGCCAAUGUUGAUGAUAAUUUUACUUAUAAAAUGUUCUUUAAUAGUUAUUAUAAAAUCAAAUUUUCUAUUUCUCUUUGUUUAGAGUGCCUCAACCUAAAUGUGUAAAUGUAGCAAUUGACUGUGAUCGGGAGAUUGAAAGAAUACACUCACUGUUUUUAAUAAACUUGGAAAAGUUGGAUGAAUUGCAAGGUAAGUUACUCCUUGUGUUUUUUUUGUUUUUUCCUUUUUCUUUUUUGUGUGAUUAAUUAAAUUAGUCACGCUUUAUUCAAACAUCAAUGACUGAUGAGUACUUCCAUUGUGUACUUGAACAUGCUCAAUCUCAUUCAUUGUUUUCAACAAAUCCACAAUUUUUAUUCACCCCCAGUUUAUGUUCACUUACACCUUGUAUUCAAUAUUCUUAUCUGUUUUGUCUCCACUCACAGAAUAUCUCUUGCUUAAUGCCUAAUUUUUGACAUUGAUCAAUCUCACAUUGUUACUUUUGGAAUUAGUCUCUUGGAACAACUAAUGCAUUAAUAUCUAGAAGUUUUUGGUUUUCUGUCUGCCAUGUGGUUUUCCUCCCUCUCAUUAAUUUUGCAAUCUGUUUCCUUUAUUGGUCCACAAAUUUACAGUGUUUCCAAUCUGACUGAUUGAGAGGAUGGUGCAAGUUUUCUUGACCAAUCACAUAAGUGAAACUAAACUGAAACAAUCCAAUAAGAUCUGAUUUGUAAUUCCUCUUUCUAGUUCUUACAUGUUUCAUGGUAAAUUAGUGACAAGAACUUACAUUUAAACCAACUUGAAGAACAAACCUCAGCUGAUGGGUUUGUUUCUUCUCUUCAUCUGUUUCCAGAUAAUAUGUCAAUGUUUUCAUACAAAAUACCAUGGCAGACACCUCUUUUUGUGUACCACAAAAAAUAAUUAGAAUUUGUUACAUAGUUUUCAUCUCUGAAACUAUUUUUUUCUCUUCCAGUUGAAUGUGAGAGUCAAAGUGAAAACUGCACUGUUGAAGGAACAACCCAGGAGAUGUGGAAACAGAAACUGGAAACCAUUAAUGACAUCCGUUCACAUAUCAUCAGCUUAGAACAAGAACACAAACAGCAUAGGAAAAUAACACACAGGCUGACCAGACAUGGCAGCAAGUAAGUCAGACUACAAGCAGUCCUUUUUUUUCAGCAGAGUCCUUUGCAUGAAUUAAAAAAAAAACUAGGGAGAAACAAAAGGGGCCACCUGAUGCACUGAAACCUCCUUCAUUUUUACUCUAAUGUUACUAUCAAACUGUUACAAACUAAACACAUAUACAUGGAACAUGCUAAAACUUUGACACUCUACAAACACAAUUACAAACAUAGCAGUAUUUUUAAUAAUUUUCACUGGACAAUGAUGUUAUGGCAUAUCGAAACAUUUUAUCUUUUUAACAAGCUCUAUUCCAAAACUCCUAUGCAAUUAUGCAUUGAUUGUCAAUGGGAAUCUGGAUUAUCUUUACAGAUACUGUUUCUUAUUUUUUUUGUUCCUCUUUCAGGAAGUGCCCCUGGGGUCCAACUCAAGAAUCUCCUGAUCCAUUUAGACGUCAUUUGAUCUUAUAGUAGUCAAUGUUUGUAUAUAAAGUGUGUAGAAGUGUCAGUUUGUAAUGCUUCUGUCAUAGUGGUUACUUCUUGAAGUGCAAUCCAUAAAGACUUCCUUCUUCUCGGUAUAAAAUGCAAACUCACAUACUGGAUAAAUUCUCCUAAGGAAAUUAGUCAGGAUGCCUCAGGAAGAGAACGUAGGUUGCUGUUAUUAAAUUUUUUAUUUAAGUGAGAUUUCAUUUUUGUUUGACCCUCUACAACAACAUCACCUGAGUGUACUGAUUUUCAGAACAAAGAGCUUAAACUCUGCAUUUUAUUUAGUAAUCUAAGUUUAUAAUUUUAUAAUUAUAUUUUUUUUAAGUUGAAUUUACAUACUUCAGAAUUACAGCAAACAAGUGUAUUUGUUAUCUCUCUCUUUCUAGUAUGAUGUGGUGGCUUUUUUAAUUUGGUAGUUGUUUCUUUUAUGUGGUAUUGCGAUUUGUAGAAAAAUGUGAAAAAAACUUUUAGAGGGAAAAUGAUUUUCUUUGCAGUCAUUUCCAAGGGUAAAAAUAGUAGAGAAAUUAAGUUUAGGAGUAUGGGGUAUUUUAUGUUUACCUAAUUAAGAAAAAUUAUUUUACUAUGUAUGGGUUAUUUGAAAUGUUAUGCAAACACUGUUUAAUUUCUCAGAGAAGUUGAUCCAAUUAAUUUUUUUUGAGAGGGGCCAGGAAGCUAACUUUUAAGAAAACUCUUAAGUCCUUAUCAAUUUAGCACAAGUCUGUGCUUCGAAGGACUGUUUUCAUGUUAGAACUCGCAACAGAUAAUUGUAUAAUAGCAUACCAAACAAAUUGAGUUUGAUCUUGGAAGGUAUUCAAAGGAAUAUUUUACUUCAGACACAGGUGCAAUACUCUGGUAGUAGUAAAAAAGAAGCACUUGCCCUCUCUCUUUUUAAGACAAAAAUGCAAUUGGGGUUCCCACAUUUUCAAAAGAUUCCCAGCCAGUCAUAAACUUAACAUACUCAAUAGUGAAACUGAUUACCAUAAACAGUGCUGGUUCUGGAUAUUUUGUCAUGAAAGCUGUGUCUUUGAAAGUAAGCCCCAUUGAAUGGUUACAAGGGGUGUGCACAAAAUUGUAGUUAGUCAUGGGUGGGAUUGGCUUAAAACUGAAGGCUGUACUAUAAUUGGUGGAGAUCUGUUUUAACAAGAUGAAAUGCAGAGGUCUUUCAUGCCAAAAUAUUUUUUUCCUUGGGCUCUUUUACUCUGCAUUCAUUCUAGUCCUCUACAUUUUCUUCAUGAUCAUGAGUGAAGCAUAACUCAAACAAUGUCACAUUCCUUUUUCCUUUUCUUUUUUUUUAUAUUUCAGUCUGUUUGUUAUUGUCUUUUUGUUUUCGUUCUGUUUUGAGUUUGGUUUUUAGAAUAAUUCUUUAAAAAAUAAAUAACACACACACACACUGUUACUCUGUUAUUCCUUCAAGUGUUGAAUCCACUCUCAUAUCUGUGGAACUUAUCAUUUGUUUAGUUCUGUGAUCCUUUCUGACUUUUAGAUGUUUCUAAGAGUUGAAUUGCAUUUUUGGCUGCUCAUUAAUGAUUUAAUACUUCAAAUUUAGAUGUUGCUUCAUUGUAUUGCUUUAUUUUUGUAAUAUACCUAUAUGUUAGAUUUUCAAGUCAUAUUGAUGUAAACUAUUUGAAAUUUUAUGCAUUUAGAUGCAAAUUAUUUUUGUUUAGAUUGGACCAGUAUGUUAUUUAUAAAGUUUUGCUGGUAAAACCAGCUCUUGGUUUAUUUAACCACUUGAUAAUAAGCAGUAGAAAUUUCAAUGGUCAAUCCAGCUUCUCACCACAUGACUCCCAUGACAUGACUGGCAUUUACGCCAACAAUCUUGUCUGAGUAAACGCAGUUGUGCAACAGACAUGACACUUUCACACUGGUUUGUCCUAAACUUAUCACAGUUUCACAAAUCACACCCUGGUCCUAAAAAUCAUCCACUACAUGUUAGUUUUCCUAAAGCCAGUGUCACACUUUAUAAGCCAAUUAUGGUGAUAAAAUCACCAGGUGUGUUGCUGGCUCUGGGGAAUAACAGAUGAUGUAUUUCUUCAUAUGUGGGAUUUUAAAUUCAUUCACUACCACAAGAUAUUAACAUGCAACUUCUCCCAAAAAAAUUCAAAACAUACAGUAGUAAGUUUAUGAGAAUGGAAAGACUAUUGUAUGUAACACUGCCUAAUUUACAAGGAAAUGUCUAUUAGCUAGUGGGGAGAAUUACUGAUUUUGAUCUAGGGAUUGAGAGGUAAAAUGCAGUGAAUUUUUUUGUAUUGAAUGAUGACACAACUUUCCAUUAUGAUUUUCACAUAAAGUUUUUCGUUCUGGUAUUGAAUUAAAAAUUCAUGACGUGUACCAUAGAGCAAGAUGCGUGUUUGUAAUAAUCUCCUUUCAAUUGGUUUGUUAUGUUAAUUUUAUGUAGAGUAUGAAAACUAACCCAUUACAUCUAACUUAGACAAAAGUUAAGUACAGUUGCC